AUGGACCGCGCCGCCAUGCUGUUGUCGCCGCUGCUGCUGCUGAUGGCUGCGGGGGGGGCGGGCGCGGGCGGCCCCGAGGUUCACAGCCUGCGGGGUAGCUGGCGGCUGGGCAACGGGAACGGCUCACUGUCGCUCCGAGGGGAGGUGCCGGGUUGCGUGCAUACCGCCCUGCACCGCCGAGGCCUCAUCCAGGAUCCAUACAAUAGAUUUAAUGAUGUGAUGUACAGGUGGAUCUCACUGGAUAACUGGACUUACAGCAAGACAUUCAAAACUCCUUUUGAUGUCAGAAAGUGGCAGAAAGUGAACCUGGUUUUUGAGGGAGUAGAUACAGUAGCACACAUCCUGCUCAACAAUGUCACUCUUGGGAGAACAAACAACAUGUUCAACAGAUACAGCUUUGAUAUUACCAGCAUGAUCAAGGAGGUCAAUUUUAUUCAAGUCCAUUUCAUAUCAGCCAUUUCAUAUGCUGCAGAGCAGAGCAGAUGUCACAAAGCAUACAGCGUCCCCCCAGCGUGCCCUCCACCUGUGCAGAAAGGCGAGUGCCAUGCUAAUUUCAUCAGAAAGGAGCAGUGUUCAUUUAGUUGGGACUGGGGCCCUUCUUUUCCCACUCAAGGAAUCUGGAAAGAUGUGAGGAUUGAGGCCUAUAACCAUUAUCAUUUGAUUUACUUUUCUUUAACUCCUUUCUUUGUGAGUAGAGCUCAGCAGUGGAGUCUCGAAAUUGAGUCCAUCUUUAAUGUAGUCGGCUCCAAGCCAAUUGCAGGUCUUGCAACUGUGAACAUUCCCAAACUGCAAACACAGCAAACAUACAGUGUGAAGCUGCAACCUGGUGAAGGCAGUAUUGUGCUGCUUGUAAACAUCAGCAAGAACUCUACAGUAGAAGCUUGGUGGCCAAAUGGACAUGGAAAACAAAUUGGAUACAAUGUGACAACAACCUUCAUCAUGGCAGGAGGAUACCAGAUUGAGAAAAUUUCAAAAGCCUAUUUUCGGACAGUAGAACUUGUUCAGGAGCCUAUUCCUGGGUCUCCAGGUCUGAGUUUCUACUUCAAAAUCAAUGGCCAACCCAUUUUCAUGAAGGGCUCAAAUUGGAUUCCAGCAGAUUCUUUCCAGGAUAGAGUGACCUAUGACACAUUAUGGCUACUCUUGAAGUCUGCAGCAGAUGCUAACAUGAAUGCACUCAGGAUUUGGGGAGGAGGAAUAUAUGAACAAGAUGAUUUCUAUGAUAUUUGCGAUGAACUGGGAAUAAUGAUUUGGCAGGAUUUUAUGUUUGCAUGUGCCCUGUAUCCAACAGACCAGGAUUACUUGGAAUCAGUAAGAGCAGAAGUUUCUCAUCAGGUAAGGCGGUUAAAAUCCCAUCCAUCGGUUGUUCUGUGGAGUGGUAACAAUGAAAAUGAAGCAGCAAUUGCAAGUAACUGGUUCUCCAUACCACAUGCUGACAGAGAAGUCUAUAUCAAAGAUUACGUGAUGCUUUAUGUGAAGAACAUCAGAGAAAUAGUUCUUGCUGAAGAUAAAAGUCGUCCUUUUGUUGUAUCCAGUCCUACCAAUGGUUUGGAGUCAAUUAAAGAGGGCUGGCUCGCUGAAAAUCCUUAUGACACGCAUUAUGGUGACACUCACUUUUAUGACUACAGCAGUGACUGCUGGAACUGGUCAGUGUAUCCUAGAACUCGUUUUGCUUCAGAAUAUGGGUUUCAGUCCUGGCCAUCUUUCAGUACGCUGGAAAAGGUUUCCUCUGCUGAGGACUGGUCGUACAUGAGCAAUUUCUCUCUCCAUCGGCAGCACCAUGAAAAUGGCAAUGACCAAAUGCUUCAACAGAUUGGAUAUCAUUUCAAGCUUCCCCUGAGCACAGAUCCCAUAAAAAAGUUUAAAGAUAUGAUUUACCUCACUCAGGUGAUGCAGGCUCAGUGCGUUAAGACAGAAACUGAAUUCUAUCGUUCUAGUCGAAGUGAAAUAAUCAAGGGAGAAGGACACACAAUGGGCUCUCUGUAUUGGCAACUCAAUGACAUCUGGCAGGCACCUUCAUGGUCUUCCUUGGAGUAUGGUGGAAAGUGGAAACUGCUCCAUUAUUUUGCCCAAAACUUCUUUUCCCCACUGCUGCCUGUGGCCUAUGAAGAUAAUGGUGUGUUGUAUAUCUAUGGUAUCUCAGAUUUUCACACAGACCACAAGCUGACUUUAAAGGUCAUUGUGAACUCCUGGAGUUCUCUGGAGCCAGUAUGCACUCUUGCCAAAGAUGGUGUGACUGUUAAAGCACAAAGUGCGUUCUCUAUCUACAAGGAGUCCAUAAAUGCCUUGCUGGAAAGAUGCAGAAAUUGUACCAGGAAAAGCUGUGUUGUUUCUUUUUACCUUGUGGGAGAAGAUGGACUCCAGAGUCCAAUGAAUCAUCACUUCCUUUCAUCCCUGAAGGAUGCUGUAGGAUUGGAAAAGACUCAACUUAGUGCCACUGUAUCGCAACAAGAUGAUGUUUAUAGAUUUGAUCUUCAGACUACUGCAAUUGCUCCUUUUGUUACUUUGGAUGUAGGGAGUAUAAAGGGUAGGUUUAGUGAUAAUGGUUUCCUCAUGAUGGAAAAGAAGAAGGUGGUUAUUUUUUAUCCUUGGGAGCCUACCAGUGUUGAAGAACUAGAAAAGUCGUUCACCUUGACAUCUUUGAUGGACGUUGCCUGAUGAUUUUGUUCUAGAUGACAAAACAGGGAGAGGAAAAACUGGGAAGAAUUUGACUGACUGCAGUUGAGGUGACCUACGAGAUGAGAUGACUGAAUGUUUUGUUUUGUCAUGUGUGAAUUUUAACUGCUGGUUCAAUGUAAAGAUAGCAACAACACAGCUUGCUUAUAAUAUAUGUGGUGCAUUGAACAUUGGCUUUCUCAGGUAAUUACAUCCCACACAAAAUGGGAGGGGUUAGUUGGUGUAAGACUCUUCCAAUUCAUGUAAAAGAAAUUACUGGGUUGUAGUUCUCUCCUACGUCAAAGACAACAGAUAUGUACCUCUAGACUAUGUUUGUAAAAUACAUAAAUUUUUUCCACUUUCACAAUGCUAUAAGUGAAAAAUCAUCCUAGGACUACCAGAAGGUAAGGAGGAAGGUCAGGGAAUGAAGCUGAGACCACCUCCACAGGCCAACAAGUUGAACAGUGCAUUUUUUUCACCCAGCUCACUCUUAGGGUGGUUUGUUUCAUCUACUGUAGUCCUUGCCCCAUUAAUCUGGUUGCUUGUGCAAGGCCUUAUUUGUGAGGCCAGGCUGAGGAAGGAAGUUGGGAGAAAGAAAGUGGGGGGGAGCACACCAUCACACAGUGCUGCUGGCUGCUGCUCUCUGUGUACCACUGCCUCAUUUAAGUCCCUCUGCACGUUCCUCAUGGCAGUGGCAGCAGGGGGCCUGAAGGUGUUCAGAAGCAUGUAGAUGUGGUGCAUGGAACAUGGUUUACUGGGCGUGGUGGUCAUGGGUUGAUGGUUGGAUCUUAGAAAUCUUUUCCAACCUUAAUUAUUAUAUGGUUCCCAGACAGCUGCAGUCACAAACUUUGUUUGCUCAUGUGGAUUCCUGCUUAGUGUGUCAUGGUAUGAGAUGUGCCUGGCUGUGGGAAAAGAAUGAGAGAAAAGUUGGCAAAGGUACAAAGAGAAAGGAAGCAAGAGAGAAAAUAAACGGUUAUUGAGAGGACCACAGCAUUAGAAUUUUCUCCUUUUUCUCCACUAAAUGCACAGUGCAGGGACUGAUGUUCUCCCUUGUGUAUUGCUGCUACCUCCUGGCACUCCCUGUGAGUGGCCUGUGCCCCACUCUGGGCCUCUUCUCCUUUCAGAGGAGUUGGCUUACUUGUUUAUCAAGCAAAUUGUGUCAUAAUUCUGCUUUGGUGUGUUUGUUCUUAACCUCUUGUGUGUAUGUCACCUCCAAAAUGUUAUAUGGACGUCACCAAAGGAAAACCUGACCAUCUUUAAUUUGUUUCUUUGUAUAUACCUUUCCUGUUGAAAACACUGCUUACUCAUGAUUAGAUCUGGGGGUCCGUUAUGUUUGUUAGUCCAUACAGAGUAACCGUACAUCACCUUUUACUCUGUUUCUGAAUAAGUUGUUCUUAAAACGUUUUGGCUUCCCGUGGAAAUGUCUCACUUAGGCAUUUAAAGAUAAGAAAAUAAAUGUGCUUCAGUGCAGGGGCUACAGCAGUCUGAUAGAUAGCAGAUGAUAGCAGAGGGUUUGGUCAUCUGGAAGUCCAGGUCACCAAGCUGUGCCUCAGCCAGGUUGCUAAACAUCAACUUCUUUCAGAUGUGAUUUGAAAUGCAGCUGAGAUCUUGCUGGGGUUCCACGGGGAACCUGUUGCAGUGCAACCACAGUAUGCAUUUUCCUGCAUUUUUCUACUUCACAGUAGAAAGUGUCUGAACAAGCUGUGCUGGUGACAUCCACCUCUGAAGUGAAAGCACCAUGUAGAUGAUAUUUAUGGGGGUGAUGGGUUAUGGAGUGCAUACAGGGAAAAUGAUUGUGUGUCAUAUUGGUCAGUUAAAAAAACCUGAAGUAAAGGGUUGCUUUGUUGUAGUGGCUGCAGUUCUAAUGGGCAAUAAAUAAACAUCUUGACAGGUGCUUGGUGAUCUGCAGCUGUUUUUGGAAUGGGUCAUUAACCAAAAUGAAAAUAGUCCUGAGGAAGAGGAAAAACUUGAAUGUGGAAGUGAAAUGAUUAAUGGAGUUUCCUUACAAAUGCUUUACUAGGUCAUCAAAACAGCUAACUGAGCAUUGGAGGUCUUUUCUGAUUCAAGAGUUGUUAAAAGAAGAUGUGAAAUAAUUAAAAUAUGUUUAUGUGCUACUAUUUACAGAUUAUGUUAAAUAAAUAGGGAAAAUUAUAGCCAUGAAUAAAACUUUACAGAUAAUGCAGGUGUUGAUCACCUCAUGUAAAUGGUACAUGAGAGGCACCCUGGGCCAAGAAUAGAAGAAAAAGCCUUUAGAUUUUUCAGUAUCUUGGAAUCAAGUGGAAUCAUGACAGCAAUAGAGCCCUAUAUAAGGUAAGGAUGGAAAAACGUAACCACUAUGCCGAAAAUAUGGGAUAAAAAUUAUUAAUAAAUACCACUUCAGCAUGUUAGGAAAAUAAGAGGUUAGUCAGUAUCUUCCCAUCCUGCUUUGAUGGGAAGAUACUACAAAUGUCUCUUCCAGGAACAUCUAGCUAGAAUUUCAAUAUGGCACUUAAUAGAGUUCAAUAAAUAGACAGAAUUACUUGUUUCAAAGAAUAUCGAGAGGACUAUCUUAAGACCAAUGAUAUUUGUUCUAAGUGCAUCUUGGAAUAUAAAUGAAAUUUCACAGUCAUAGAAGAGAGCUUUUGGAUCUUUAGAAGAUAUAAACAAUGAACGUAGACAGCUGUGAACUUGUUUGGCCUGCCAUGAAUUCUGGGCAACAUUAUGAAAGUACGUGAUGUGGCUCAUCGAUAAUGGUAAUGGCUGUGCAACCAGUGCCCAUCUGCAAUGUUAUACAGAAAAGUGCUCUUCCAUAAAUGUUGUUCUGCUCUUGUGUUUUGCAGUUACCAGAUUUUGGAGGUCAAAAGCACCCUAAUUCUGUGUCCAUUCUUUCUCACUGGAAAGCUGUUACUGAGUACUAUGUGCAACAGUACAUAGAAGAUUUACAAUUACUUAGGCCAAAUAGUUGGUCACAAAGCCGUUCCCUAAAUAUAGUCUUCAUAUCCUUAAUAUGUUCUUUUGGUUUAAUGGUGCUUCAGCAGAUUUGUAUUUGUAGAUGCUACUUUUCUUGCUCCCUACUGCAGCAAUCACUGUAACAUCUACUUUGGUUGACUAUUAUCCCUUGGUGUUUUUGCUGUUAUAUACUUAAUUACACUGUUCUGCUUUUGUCUCAGAUCAGGGCAAGGACAAGAACACAACAGCGAAGAGAUCUUUGGAGUAUCCAUCCUAUCUAUGCAUCAUCCAUAGCCAUCUGAGUGUGGGUUCCAGUGGCUCAACUGCACUUGUAUUGCCAGCUGUAGGAAUCUUUUGAAUUCAUCAGAAGUUUGGAUGAAACUUGUGGCAGAAUCGCUGCAGGACUGCUCUGCUUUAAGAGCAUUGUAUGCUCCAGAAGAGCUGUAAGCUGUAAACCAUGCUUCCUCUGCGUACACUUCUUCCUUCAACCUGCAUGAGGCAGCAGUGUGCUUGGGCAUUUCCCCUUCGUUGUGCUGCCUGCCUCCUUCCAGGUGCCAGAAGAACAAGGCUGCGUGCCCUGCAAAGGAUGACUGCCUGCUGAUAAGAGAAAAGGAACUAUAUCCACAUUGCUGAAGACUGAGGUCAGCCAAGGAUCAUCAGUGUGUCAAAAACUCCACCCCUGUGCCAUGAAAGCUGGCUAUGGUGAUUUUAGGAGCUUUUUCCAGACAACCGUGCUGCAAAACUUCUGAAAGGAACAGCCAGAAACCAUCCUUUGAUUGCUGUGUGCUUUACCUCUUUGAAUUAAGUGAGCUGAUAUUAGGCAUUAAUAAGGAGUGUCUUUCAUCUAUAAAAGAAAAUCCUCACAAACCAGCAAAUGUCAACUGAGAAAGCCCUACAUGGUACACAAACAGAAACAGGUAAGGAUCUCAGACAUAAUGGGUAAGAAACUCUGCUGUCUAUUAGCAUUCCAAAGCAAGGAGGAAGAACUAAGAAAUGUUAAUUUUACCUGUCUCUCCCUUUGCAAAAUUGGCUGGUGAUGAUAUAGGAAAAGCUUCUAUUGUGUUGUCCUCCUGGUGAGGCUGACUUUGUGAACUAGAUAGUGCUUUCUCAAUUACUUCAAUAGCUUCCGUGUGAUCCAUCUGUCUCAAAGCAGCAAUCAGCUCUUGAACUGUACCUCCAGAAAUCUAAAAGAGAAGACAGCAGAUGCUCACAGCUUCAUCCUGGCUCGCCAAAACCAAAGGGCUGCAGUAUCUCACUGUGCAGGACAACAUUCACUGCACAUCUGCAUGUUCUUUAUAACUUGUUACAGCCACAUUACCUUAUAGUUAUCUAGCAGAGUUUUCGAAGGUGAAGGGCUCAACCUGAAAGCAUUAUUAAGAAUGCCAAGACCCAACUUUUCUGCUAGAGUAGACCAGUUCUUGCUUGAAUCAGGUGUUUCCAAUAGCUUGUAAAGCUGCUGCUUGGAGCUUUCAUUCAGCUCUUUCAGAGGGCCUGGGGAACAGAAAAAUACAUCUGUAAUUUACAUGAGUCACACACCAGUUCAUUUCUAAGCAGAUGCAAAACCAAAUUAAAAAUUACUUAUUGUAGCAUCCACUGCUAUUUACUAAUAUAUUGCUGUAAUACUGAAAACGUACAAACUUGGGUCCUCAUGCCGUGCUUCUUAACAGAAUCUUGCUCAUUCAAAGACUGCAGUGGUAGUGAGUACCUCUUCUCCCUCCCCACCUCCCUUACGAGCCUCUGCUUGUUUUGUUAUUCUCCAAGCAUGCUUUGUGUACUCAGCUGUUCAUUACCAAGGGGAGGCCAGGUCCUCUUUACAGAUGUUACCUUGUGUCAUUAAGUCCUCUGAAACUGCUGCUGCUGCCACGUAGGGUUUACCAUUUAAUAUGUCAUAUACCUAAAAGAAUACAUUCAAUUUAUUAUUUAGCAAAACCUGGUUGAUUGUCCAUUAUUUGGACAAGUUUCAGUAGUAUUGUUUCAGUAUUGUAAAUGGCCCCCCCCCCCCUUUUUUUUUUUUUUUUUUUAAAUCAUUUAUACCUUGAGGGAUAAACCUGUAAGUUCAUCUCCCUUGCCCUUAAGCUCUGUCGUCUGGCAAUUAUUGUCAGGAUACAGAAGCAGUCUGUGCAGUAAACAAGGGGCUGUAGCAGCAGCUAAGUGAGGAGUUAGCAGCUAUCUACAACUAGUAAUUUGAAACAAAGCCUGGGCUCCAUUUUCAUCUUCUCGGUACCACUCCCCACCCUCGCUCCAUGUGAUCAGAAUGCUGGCUACUUAUAUGCUCACAUCAUGCUAGCUGCAUGUACUUGGAUACUGGAGCUUGAACCAUGUAAUCUAACCAAUGUUCAGGUAAGACACAAAAGUCUAUUUUCACUACAUACCACCCAGUCUGCAGUUCUAAAGACCGUGCAGCAGAGAAAUGUAUUACAGUGUCUCACCCUGGGCUCGCAGACCCUGAACGUGCACCUGCAAGCACAAGCUGCUCAAUCUGCUGCAUUCUUUUCCAUACUGACAACCCCAGUGCAGCUACUUUGAAGAAAUGCUUGUUCAAUCCCGCUCAACAGAACUAAGAGGAGCUUCCAAUCCUACUUCACCGUUUCUUAUGGCUCAACAACAGACCACGUACCUCCCAGUUGGCUGCCAUAUCCAGUGGCGUUGUUCCAGGUACAAUUCCUUCAUCAUCAUCAUCUUUCACAUCUUCUUCUACAUCAAAGAGUGGCUCAAAGUUCUCAAUGUGAGGAUCUGCACCUGGAAAACAAGCGGGCAAGAAAUUUCUAAGGAAAGGCUUUUAAGCUGUUUUACAUUGUGUUGUUGAAAAGCAUAGUUAAAAUAGCUAAAUUAGAAGGUUUGCAAUUCAAAACUUAAAAUACAUAUUUUAACUCAGAAAAUAGUAGGGUUUUUUAAUAAACUGAAGUUAAAUCAUCCCUGUGUAUUCAUCCAUUAUACAGACGGGGGAAAAAUGACAAGCAGUGUGUUAAGGCCUGAAGAGUCUGAUUAUAUAAGCUGACCUUCCAGUUCCAUUCUUGGCUCACACAGAGCACGUAUGUGAUGAAGCACUGAUGCAGGGCUUCCCUUUUGUAGUGUCAGAGAAAGCACAAAUGUUACUAAAAGAGCAAUCACACAGCCAGAGCUGUGGGAGGCUUGGAUUUCUGUUUCUAAGGAGAAAAUUCAGGUAUCGAAGGUUUAAACGCAACUGAAAAAACCAUUCCAGUACAAAACCAAAACUAACUUUACUGUAGUGAUACAGAACUGGGUAGAAGUGUUCCCAGUUUCUUUGCCUUUAAAAGCAGUCCAACCCUUAUUCCAAGCAUAAAACUGGUUUUUUUGUCUGCUGCAGGUAUUUAAAAAAAUAUCUACAAAUACCCCAAAACUUCCAAGAAUGCUUGGGAACUAUUUUUACUUAGAUAGUUUUGCUUUGCUUUUUUUAGCCAUUAGAUGGUGCUAAAGACCCCUGAAACUAGGACUUUCCCGAGCAGAAACAAGCCUUUUAACAUCUGCUAUCUUCUCCUCAUUAAGAAGUUCACUAACUCCUAAGUGCAGCCCCCUAACGUGAAUUGGCACAGUUAAAGAGAACACUGCAACAAAUAUUUGACUGAAUACCUGCUGCUUUGAGAACUGCUGCCAGUUUUGUAAAGCCCCUUCCAGCUGCUAUGUGAAGAGGCGUUGUGCCAUCGUAGGUAGUGCUGUCCACAUCUGCAUCACCCUAAGUAUUAAAAGAGAAGAAGGAAAACGCUAUUCAUGCAUACAGUACUGCUACAUGGAGACUUGGCUGCAUAAGCCUUGUUAUUCUGCAAGCAGCACCAUUCCAUGCCUGUCUGUGCAAAAAUUCCAGCCGUUGUCUGAAAAGAAUGAAUCGGAAGGUGAUUACAGCUAUUGGCACACAAGAACAGACAGUGGUUGCGCACUGCAGUACUACAGCAGGAGGCAUGCUGUCUGAACCCAAAUAGGCCAGGUAGAUAAAACUCAAAAGCCACUUUGCAUCCCAUAAUACUAAUCAGAUAAUAGUUCUAUUAUCAGAUUACCCUCAGCAUCUGCUGUGCACUGAAAGCUGCCUUCCUGCUGCCCUUCAGCAGAGCAGAUGGGCCGCUAGCACAUCUGUACCCCAUACCAGGGGAGCUACUGCAGGUAGCUGUGGGUGUGUGCAAUUAAGUGUGCUAAGAUCAAGGUGCGAGAGAUGAGACAAAUAUUUACAGAUACACACAGCUAUCUCUCUGCACAUCUGCAUACGCAUUCCACCACACCAGAUCAGCAACUUGUUCGUGAGUAGUUUCAUUGGCUGCUGGGAUUGCUCAGUGCAAAUUAAGCAUGGCACAGGCAGUCAGGUCAGGGUCACAAACCAAAUUUCUCAGCUUAAAAAAAGGUUCAUCAGCAGUGCUGAAUAACUAAUAGCAAAUAAAUAACAUCAGUGAAAAUUUUCCCAUUAUACCAGUUAAAAUAACCAAGCCAAUAAAGAGAAACACCACUUCAUUUCCACUGCAGACUGACUUAUUUUAAAAGUCUUGAAAAUACGUCUCUGGGAAGACCGGGGAGAAAGAAAUUCUGCCCUCACCUCAAGCAAAAGGCAGCCUGCCAAGGGGAUGUUCUCUUGUUCAACAGCUAAAUGCAAUGCAGUUCGUCCAGAUUUUUGUUCCUGAGCAUUGACGUUAACUCCAGCAGCAAUCAGUAGUUUCAGACAGGACAAGCUAUUGGCCAUCACCACCAUGUGAACUGCACUGAGACCUACACAAAAGCCAUUUGUGUACGUUAACAUUUGAAAAACACAGAAAUGUCACAGCAAUGACUUCUUAAGCAGCUGCAUCUCUGAGAGGCUGUAAAAUGACUGAGAGUUACUGUAGUUAUCUGAGCACGAGUGACCUUUGCCUGUCUGUGCACCAAAAAUGGUGAUAAUUGAAAUGUUCUUCGUGCAUAAAUUGGAACUACUUGUAUUAUUGUGACUCAAAACCAUGCAUGAGAAAAAUCAGCGAAUUGCACAGAGGAACAGAAAGGAAGAAAAAUGAAUCACCCUAGAAUGUUCUAGAAACAUCCUGGAGAAUAAUGCUCCUUAAAGGUCAGACAGCUCUGUCACCUCAACAUUAAUUGCUCAAAAAGAGAAUCAUAAAGCUUUCUACUUACAAAGAAUACGAAGGAUCAACUCUCUCUGACAAACUUAACACAGUUUUUUAAAUCGCACAGUGACAUUUUUAGGCCAGGUAUUUUACUAUCUACAUCUAGUGCAAGAGUACUAAAUUCAAAUGACCUGAGCCAUUGAGAAGUGGGAGAGUAGGGUCUCUGUGGGUAUUUUAUAAGCUUUAAUAACUCUGUGGUCCCAGUGUUCCAGAUGUGAUACUUGACACUGGUCCAGAAAUGACUUUUGAGGGAACUUUAUCCACUGGAGAAGAGGAAAUAUUUUCACUUGGAAUUUCUUCUAAACAGUGGUUCUCUAAGGCAUCCCAAGAGGAACACGGUUCCUGAAUUUUUGUGAUGCUAAAGAACAAAAAGUUCAAAUCCAUAGUGUGUAAUAUGGACAUUACCAAUCUCUACGUUCUGUAUAACCACAAAACCUACACAUGUAUGUUCUUUUAUCUGACUGCAGGUGUAUAAAAGCCAAGGCUACAAUGUGCAAACCAUGGAAAGAUGCAACUUCCAAGGUCUGUAUCCGCCUAGAAAGACUGGGUUGUCAGAAAUGGUGGGGUGCUUGUCUAGAAGGCAAGUAAGUGUAAAGUACAGGCACUAUCGUUCCAUACCUUCGCCAUUGAAAAGGUCAAUCAUUGAAGAUGCCUUCUGAUGCUUGAGGAGCAGACUCAGAAUCUUGUCAUCUCCUUCAGCAGCAGCUAAAUGUAAGACAGAAUUACCAUGGCGAUCCAGAAGGUUGACAUUUGCUCCAGCCUUCAGCAAGUCUUCAACCACCUCUGCCUGCUUUGUGAUUACUGCCAGGUGCAAGGGGGUCUGGAAGCGACAGAAGUGAGCCAUGAGAAGAUGAGGGGCAACAACACCCCUUUACAGAAAUCUGCUAAGCCAAUGAAAGCACCUACUGUGAGGUGCUGCUCCGCUUUAACACUGGCACAGGUGAAAAACUUGUGUACGAGUACAUUUUCUUCUGCUGUAUAAUACAGAUAGGGUUUUCUACUUACUGGAAAUAAAAGCCACCUCACUGGUAUCAGCAGUCAGACCUGAGGAGGAAGGAAGACAUUGCCUACCUUGUGGAUUGGGGGACUAACCUGGCUGUUUGUAGUGCAAGGGUCUUGGAAAAUGAGAGAAUCCCCUGUACUCCCAGAUGCACUAACCCUGCCAAGCUCCUGCCACAGAAGGAGCACACACACUUUCUAGAGCCUGUUCAGCUCUGCCUCUGCAACUGAAUCAUACUCUAAUUUUGCUCCUAAAAAGCAAGUUCCCAGCCACAGGUUUAGGAUUUCCUUAUCCUUCAAAACAACUACAUACAAAAAAGCAGAAAAACUUGCUGUUCUGUUUGCCAAAGUUCAGAUUACACAAUAUCAUCUAGCUGAUACUGUUUGCAUGGGUUCCUAUUUUUGCACAAAGACACCUGUAGCACUGAGGCUCUCAGGCUGAGAUUUCAAAUUUUUCCAGAUGUUAACUGUAUACUGCAUCCUUGCCAAUAACAAGUUUCAUGGAUCACAAAGUGUGUAUUUAACAGUGAGGCACUGCAGUGGUUUAGGAAAUUGUAUUCCUAAACUAAAGUAAUCUGAAAAAUGGAGAAGAUUCCAUCUCCAUAUCAUUACUUUUAUAUUUACAGAUUACUGUAAAAAAAGGAACUAAUUUCUUUAAUAAUCUAUAUACCUAUUUCUUUAAUAAUCUGUAAAACAAGCUUGUGUUUGUCAGUGGAAUUACCAACGUAUUUGCAAUUACUUGAAUUGAUAUGGCAAAGCAUGAGAAUCUUUCAGAGUAUCUGCACAAAGGGAAACCUUAGACUAAACCUGCAUUUCCCUCCCAUCACUGGCUUAAGGCUUAAGUGAAAGGUAGAGCAGCUGGAGAAGUUCUGGUAGUUAGAGAUUUAUUUCUUCUAUGGAGCACAGCUUUGCUUCCUAUUUCUGUUAAACAGAGGGCAUGCAAAAUUCAGUUCAGAAUCUUUUUGCUUUCAUCACCUUUCACAUUUCAAACUUCCUUUAUGAGAGGACAAAAUGAAACAUGAAGGAGAACAGAGAAGUCACAAUAAAGCCUCUGAGAUUAUCUGCACAGAACGAAGUCUUGGCUGUAUCAUUUAUAGCGUGGAGCUGAACAGAAAGAAAUGGCACAAGUCUCAGAAGUGCUGCUGUGUGAUGUCCAGCUGGGUACCUUUGUGACAACGGAAUGGCAUGCAUGGUUGAAGAGAGCUGCUUCUACUGGCAAGUUUCCAUAGCUGUUUAUAAAGCCCAUCUAAGUUGCAGCAGAAAAAGCUCAAACUGUGUUACAGAUAAGUUGAGGAGAGAAUUGUGCUGGGCUGCUAACAGUUACUUCCCUACUGGGUAAAAGACGUUUUUUUUUUUUUUUUUUUUUUUUUUUUUGUGGUACACUGUGAACUGAAAAAUGAAAGAGAAACUUUGGUGCUCAUACAACGGGCAUGAAGACCUAGGCUACAGAAAGACAUAGUUUGUUACAAGCUUCCUCAGCAACACACUCAUGAUCCUGAAUUAUCCUGCAUUAAAACAUUUGAAAGAGCCCAGAGUUGGCACACUAAUCCAGAUCUCUAAUUUAAUAACAGAGGAGCCAAAUAAUGAAAAUAUAAACUGAAGAAUUCGGUAUUUUGGGGCUGUUCUAUAAUAAACAAAUGGAGAUGUCUCUCUUAACAUCAAGGCAGUUAGGAAUUAAUAGAAGGAAAACAUGCCCUUGUUCUUCCACCUCCUUACAGCGUGUCACUGUGUUCCUCAGUGCGUGAAACUGUAAACCAGUUUGCCUUACUAUGUGAUCUGGGCUCAUUCUGAUGAACAGAAGGAAAAUAAGACAGUAAGGAGAACAGUUACAGCUGGCUGAAUGAUCUCCAUCAGUUACACCACCACAACAGCAUACCUGAUAAAGGUCAUUUCUCAUGUUGAUAAUGCUGCUAUAAUUCAUGUCCGGCAUCACUUGCAACAGGUUUUUAACCAGUUCUCUAUGAAGGUGGAUAAUUGACAAAUGAAGGACACUGAAACAAAAUAACAGAUUAGCAUUGUCACUGUAUUCUCAAACGUAUGAUACAAAUUCUAAGACUUGGCUGUACAGCUGACUAUUAGAAGUCUUUGUCAACACCUAAAAUAAAUGCUAACAUUAAAAAAAACUGAGCCAGAAGAAAGCUGUGUUACCGCUUCAAUCACAAAAGAAGAGUCAGGAUGAAUUUUGCUGGUCCUGAGUAUGACUUAACUACUAGCCCUACAAAUAAAAACUUUGCAUCACAAAAGAAAUGUCUCAGAACUUGUCUCAAAUAGCCACAUUCUUCACUGGCUUUUUUUUUUUUUUUUUGUCAGUAUGCUGAAUAAUUAAAGCACAGACAUCUCUUCCUGUCAAAGCCUUCCUCCAGAAUUUCCACAGCCCUCUGCCACCCAGGCAGAUUUUCCCUCAGGGGUUCCCCCCUCCCCAUUCUGUAGGUUUGUCUUGUUUUCAUUUUCAAACAGAAAAAUGACUCAGGGCUCAGGUCAGUGACCAACACCCCCAGGAUUUGCAGCAGUGGCCAAAGGUGUCUUUCUUGCUGAAGGAAAAAUGUGCUGAAGGACAUGAGUGACUCUGCAAAGCAAAGCACCACUUCUGCUGAGUUUCUGCUGCAGCCUUUGCUGUGCUCUGCUCCAGAGAUACUUCCUUCACUCCGCCAGCCUGAGUGGCUGUACUUGCCAAAAAAACACCAGGAAAAAAGCAGGUUGUGACAAUAAUCAUUCAUCUGAUUUGUCUUGUUUCUUUGAGACGUCAUUUCAAAGCUGUGCCCCGUUUGGAAUCACACCUUAGCAAGCUCUCCCUGGCCAACUUCUAGAGUCUCUUAAACCUUUUGCUGAGGACAUGCAUCAGCACAGGUCACACAAUGUGCUUGUUAAGGAACCUGCUACAGGAAUACCUGAAUGCACUCACAUCUACACUUCUAUCAGAAAAAUAAAGAAGUCCCUUGCCAUUUGUGGCAUAGAGUCCUCUUUCAGUUCAGAACAAGCACUCCGAAUCCCCAAGAUACGUUAAAAAAGGAAAAAAACAACCAAGACUUCUAAAACAAACUCAUCCCGAGAGGCUGUUUUAUUGUCUCUGGAUACUGCCAUAGGCAGCACUGUGGCACUCUUCCUCCCUCAGCUCUUCUGUGCUGUUCCAACAGUCCCACUGCUGCCAUAAAAGAAGUGUUCCUCUGCUCCCCAGGAGCUACUCUCUAUGAUCUCUCCUGCUGACAUUUUAUUUCCAAAUCUCACAGAUUUGCUCUUCUACUGCCUUCAGUUCUCUUUCCUGUGGUAAAUAUUUCAAUUUUACCUUGUGGAGGCAAAGUGCUUUAAUGUGACUUCAUGAGAUCUGUGCUAUGAAUGCAGUAACAGUGAGCACUGCUUAAGUACAGGCUGAUCACAGAUUAAUGUACUUGGUAUCAAAGCCAUUACACAAAACACAGGAUCUCAACAAAGGUAUUUUCAUUCCCUACAGACUAUUUUCAUGAAAGAUGUACAAAACUGUUGUUGGUAAUAUUUCUGUCAUGGCUUCAGCAAAAAAAUUUAUAGUGUUUUCCAUGUGUUUGUAAUGAUUAAAGUGAAAGUUACAGAGAA